AAAAAGAAAAAAAACCAUUCCAUUCUCUCUCUCUCUCUCCCACAAAAAAAAAACUCCUCCUAACACUUACCUGUAAAAUCUUAUUAUAAAAAAAGAGUCUUUUAAGCCUUUCCUCGAACUGUUCAUCUACAAACAGGCACCUUCACCGGCGAUUGUCUCUCGCCGCUGAAUCCUCAUCAAGUGUUUAACUUUUCCUAUCUGGGUUUCAUUCAGAUAGUUCAUUUACAUAGCAAAGUUGCAAUGUUUCACAAUGAAACGGUGUCGGUUUCCUGUUUCUUUGGACCGGUGACCGUAUAGUGAUAAGUUGGUAAGCGGUAUAGUUGGAUAAUUGGGGCGUGAUGGGGAAGGUGGCGGCGGGAGUGGCGGCGGCUGCGGCGGCGGCGGCUUGUGCGGUGGCGGGAGUGGUCGUGGGCAGGAGGGUACGGAGUAGGAGGAAGUGGAAGAGAGUGGUAGGAGUGCUGAGAGAGUUAGAAGAAGCAUGUGAGACACCAGUUGGGAGGUUAAGGCAAGUAGUGGAUGCUAUGGCUGUGGAGAUGCACGCUGGCUUGGCGUCUGAAGGUGGCUCGAAGCUUAAAAUGUUACUCACUUUUGUUGACCAUUUACCUAGGGGGAGUGAGAUAGGAACUUAUUAUGCUCUAGAUCUUGGGGGUACUAAUUUUAGGGUCUUGCGGAUUCAGCUAGGAGGUAGAAGAUCUUCAAUCUUGUCUCAAGAUGUGGAGCGACAACCCAUUCCCCAGCACUUGAUGACAAGCACAAGUGAGGAUCUCUUUGAUUUUAUUGCUUCAACCUUAAAGCAAUUCGUUGAAAAAGAAGAAAGUGGUUCUGAGCCUUCUUCAGUUAGAGCAAGGGAGCUUGGGCUUACAUUUUCUUUUCCAGUGAAACAAUUGUCUAUGCAUUCAGGUAUCCUUGAGAAAUGGACAAAAGGAUUUGCCAUUGAAGAUAUGGUUGGAAAAGAGGUGGUUGCACUUUUAGAAGCAGCAUUAGUCAGGAGUGGUUUAGACAUGCAUGUUGCAGUAUUGGUAAAUGAUACUGUGGGAACCUUAGCACUUGGACAUUAUGAUGAUGCUGACACUGUUGCUGCUGUGAUAAUUGGAACGGGUACUAAUGCCUGUUAUUUAGAGCGGGCAGAUGCCAUCAUAAAGUGUCAAGGUGUUCUUACAACUUCGGGAUGCAUGGUUGUUAACAUGGAAUGGGGAAAUUUCUGGUCAUCCCAUUUGCCACGAACUUCUUAUGAUAUUGAUUUGGAUUUGGAAAGCCCUAACCCAAAUGAUCAGGGUUUUGAGAAAAUGAUAUCAGGAAUGUACCUAGGUGACAUUGUUCGGAGAGUUAUUCUUAGAAUGUCGCAAGACUCAGAUAUAUUUGGACCUGUUUCCUCCAGAUUAUCAAUCCCCUUUAUUUUGCAAACACCCUUGCUGGCUGCAAUGCAUGAGGACGACUCUCCUGAACUGAAAGAAGUAGAUAAGAUCUUGAAAGAAACCCUGGAGAUUUCAGAGGUCUCUUUGAAGGUCCGAAAGCUUGUUGUAAGAGUAUGUGACGUUGUGACCCGUAGGGCUGCUCGAUUGGCAGCUGCUGGCAUAGUGGGAAUCUUGAAGAAGAUCGGACGGGAUGGAAGUGGAGGCAUCACUGGUGGAAGAAGUAGAAGUGAUGUAAAAAUGAGAAGAACAGUUGUUGCGAUUGAAGGGGGUUUGUAUACGAGUUAUACAAUGUUCAGAGAGUACUUGCAUGAAGCCCUGAAUGAAAUACUGGGAGAAGAUGUGGCCCAACAUGUCAUUCUUAAAGUUACAGAAGAUGGAUCAGGCAUUGGCGGAGCUCUCCUUGCUGCCGCAUAUUCAUCCGGCGGUGUGGAUAACGUACGGUUGCCAUAAAUAUAUAUUAUUUAUAUACAUAUAGCUCCCUUGUAAAUGUAGAAUUCUUUCAAUAUCUUCAUAUAUAUAAAAGGGUUUGUCAAAAAGAAAAAACUUGUCAUCUUUCUAAUGA